AUGGAGUUUUUGAUCUUCAAGAGAAGAUAUAUGACAUACACAAUCCAUGAUGUCAAAAACAUUGAUAGAAGAGGUUUCUUGGAAAUAAGAAAACAUAUUCUUAAAGAAUCAGAAUGGGUAAGCGAAUCGAAAGCAAUAGAAUUGGCUGUUUAUUCUAUUCUUGCUGAUGCUCCAAAUUACGAAGCUGCUCAACACAUUGCAAUUACAAAUGUUGAGAAAAUUUUACCUUGUAACUUUAAAGUACAAGAAGAUACAGCGAAAAAGAUCAAAGACGUAUUAAAGACAUCACCAGAAAUGUCUCAAUUAGAGUCAAUGAGGAAAUACGCAGCAACUGCACGAACAACAACAAACUUUGGAUGUAUAACAUGCAAAGUAAAUUACCACAAAUUGUCAGGAAUCAAAACAGAAAGAGGUGCAACACCAAUACAUUUGUUUGUUUGUCCAUUCGGUAUACAAGGCAUAGAACUUGAGAAUAACAAUCCAUUCCUUAGAUGCUCAUAUCAAAACAUCAUUUCUUACACCCAGAUUUCUUACAUCAUUCAAAUCAAAGCUUUCCUUGAAGAUGGCUCGAUUUCAACAAUGGAAUUUGCUGGUACUGAUGCAGAGAAAAUUGCUUUUUACUUAGAUCAAUAUACUAUUGGUGUCAGACCAUUCUUAGUUGAAAGAAAUAGAGUACAGAACAUGGUCAAAGAAGCUGGUUUCAAGAACAUCAUUGAUUCAGCACAAAAUUCAGGAAAAACUAUCAAGAUUUCUCCUUAUGUUUCUGAUCCUUUCCCAUUGACAUAUCCAAUUAAUGAAGGUUGGGAAGAAAAUGAUGCAUUGAGAUACUGUUUGAUUAAGUGCGCAUCACCACAAGAUGUCGCUUAUUCAAUCAUGAAAUCUGAUGAAGACACAGGAUACGAAUUUCUUCAGAAGUCAUCAUAUUUGAAUUCAUUAGAAUUGAGUCCGAAAUCAGUUUUACACGUCAUUCCUCAUGAAAUAAGUGGUUUCGUUUCAACAAAUAAUGGAAAUAUUGUUGAAAUGGCCAUCCAUCCUAAAGUUCCUAUCUAUGAAAGUGUCAAUACUGUUUGCGAAUGGAUGCAAUUUGGUCCUUCUUUUGGUGUCACUUUUUGUGCAUUUUCACCACAGAAAGGAUUAGUUCCAUUAGACUUUUUACAUCCAUUACCAGCAGAAACACCAUUCUAUUUUGAUCUUGUUGUACAGAGGAGAUUUCCAUUCAUGUUGAAUAUCUUCAUGGAAGAUCAAAGCUAUUAUUUACCUUUGUUUAUUCACAUGAAAGAUUGUGUAUUAAAUGGAAACAAUGUCAUUCCUAUUGAAGCAAUCAUCGAACUCGGAAUUUGUCAGUUAUACGGUGAAUGCCAAUCAGAACAAGAAACACAAAAUUUGUUUACUAGUUUCAGUGAUGAUAAAGCACAAAAAACAAUUCCAAAGAAUGUUCCAUUUUCUCAACAAGUCAUGAUGACUUACAGGAAAUCAUUUUUAGAACAUCAACAAAUGAACCAAUUCGUUGCCAUCUACAUAUAUUUGUGUAUCAUUGGAUGUCUUCCUGAUUUCUGUGCUGAAAAAUAUGAUGCUAUUUAUACAAAGGAGAAUUCUCCAGAUAUAAAUGUAGUCAUCAAAUUAUCAAUACACGGAAUUGUUAUAACAAGUGUUGUUGAUAAUGUUGAUAUCCACACAUUGAGUUACGCAUCAAUCAUUUCAGCAACAAUUGAAGAUAAAAAGGCAAAUCUUAAAUUUGAAGAUAAUGAUAGAUUAUUCCAUGAUAUUUAUUUGGAUUCGACUAAUAAUGAAGAAAUCAUUUCAUACAUCAAUGACAUUUUGUUCUGUUUCAAACAGAUGGCUGAUAAUCAUUACGAUUUCAUAUUUGAUGAAACAAUUAAUUUCAAUCUUCUUGGUUUUGUUCCUCUUUUCUUCACAACAAAUCAAAAGACAGAACAAAACAUUGAUGAUGGAAAUCUCGAUCUAAAUCUUAUCCAAUUCGAUGAAAUCCAGAAAUUGGAUGUAGAUCUGACAUCAACAACUGUUGAAUUAUCUCCUGAUGUAAAUGAUGUCAUAGGAAUUGAUACAGAACAAUUCGAUUAUCGUAAAAUUACUGAAGAAAACUAUGCACUCAAAGACUCAAUUAUGAGUGAUGAUGCUGAACAAGAUAUAACAUGGCGUGCUAAUGUAGAUGUUCUAAGCGAAACAAGAAAGAAAGGUGCUUUGCAGUCAAUCAUCGUUAAUCUUGAUGAUAUCAUGGAUAACAUACAAAACAAAUCAGCUGAUGAAGUCGCUGUUGAUAUGUCAAAAUUAAAAGAUACAUUUUCAACAAUACAAUUCGAUGAAAAUGAUGAGAAAGACGUUGAUCUAAGGAACCGUUUCAAUAACAUCUACAACACUGUACAGACUGCUUCUAUGUCUGCUAUUCCAAUGGUUGAUAUCUCUGUACAACUCACGAAAGACAUCAAAAAUGUUAUUUCGAAUUCAAACAAAGCUAUUGAAAAAUCAAACAUUAAGAUAUUGGAAUUGAAGAACACAGCACAACAAAAUCCUCCUGUUAUCAUUAAUGAGAAGCAGCAACAGUUGGCAACUAAUUUAUGCUUAGUUUCCGGAAUUGAAGAAAAAUUCUCAAAUUUCGUAAGUUCAAAUUCGGAUGUUAUCGCUAAAAUGGGAUUCAAUACAAAGGAUUUGAUGAAGACAUUGGCAUCACAUUCAACAUUAGUUACAAAACUCGCUUCUGAAAUCAAAUCUUCAAAUGAUCAAGUAAAUUUGAUCAAAUUGCUGCCACAAGUUGGAUCAAUCAACCAACAAUUAGAUAUUUUGCAUCAGUUCAAUAAAAAUGCAGCAUUGAAUAACCUCAAAUUCGAAGAAUCAACGAAUCUUGAAUUUGAUUUACAAAAAUUAUUGGCAAAUACUAAGAAAUUAGUUGCAUUAACUAAAGCAUCUAAUACUAAUCCAGAACUAAUUCAAAGAUCACGCCAAUACCAGGUCUAUUUAGGAGAUUAUUCCAAAUUAGAUCAAAUUAUUGAACAGAUCAGAAACAUUUUGACGACAUCUCAACCAGUAUUCGAUCGUCCAAUGAUAAAGAACAACGAACAAUCAGCCAAACUGUUCGAAAUCAUUCAAAAUAAGAUUGAUGAUGGAAAUGAGAACCUUAGAAAGCAAUUCUUUGCAUUAAACAAGAAUCCUAACAAUGAAUCCGCUAGAACAGCAUCAGUUAACACAUUAUAUACAAUGAAAGACACAUUAACAGAUUUCAUAAACAGAUUAGCUCAAUUUGCAUCAACAGUUCCUGAUUCAAACAGUGUUUCUCAACUUUGUCAAUCAACAAUUCCGCUUAUUGAUGAUUGUUUGCUCUCCAUUUCCACUGCAAACAUAACUCCAGCCGCAAUUCAAGAAAUUUCGAAGUCAUUGACAGAACUAGCGACAGAUGCAAUGCAAACAGCGCAAUCCAACAUCGGCAAAUUCAAUCAGAUGCAGAUCCAGCAGAUACAAAACGAGCAUCAGAGUUUAGUACAAAAAUUGAAUUUACUAAACCAACUAAAUCAACAAUUUUCUCUUUCACCAACAAAUGGAGAACUUGUUAAAGGAAUACAGCAACAACUCAUUUCAAUACAGAAAGAUAUUCCUCGUACGAAAGAUUACAUGUCAUUGAUACAAACACAGACAAACAGUCCGACAUUGGCAAAGAGAUUUAAUGUUUACGAAGAAUCAUUAAAUUCAACAAUUUUGGAUAAACAAAGUGGAGAAGGAAACGUAAUUUGUCCACAUCUUUCUAAGUACGAACAAUCAUUAGUUGAAGCGCAAAGACUAAUCAACCAAUUAUCACAAGCGAAAGAUUCAGAUGAAUUGAGAUUUAAUCCAUUGAAUGAAACUGUUUCGACAUUGAGAGAAAGACUUCUUAAGUUAAGAGACGAACAACUGAAAUGCAGAAGAGAAUUGAAGCAAAGACCUUAUCAUCAACCAUUUAUUGAUAAGACAAAGGAAAUUCUCAAUGAAACUAAAGAUGUUGUUGAUAAAAUUGUUGAAAUUUCUCCUGAAAUUCAAAAACUAGUCAGAGAUUCGAAGAUCCAACAAAUUUCUGCAAUUUGUAAGGCAUCUACUGAUGGAUCAUUAGAAACAAUUACUACUGCAGGACUGGGUGAUUUCAGAAAGCCGCCAGAAAAAGAAUUAGUUAAUGAAAUUUUACAAAAUGUAGUAAGUGAAGUGAAAAUGUUUACAAAAUUAUUAGAAACUCCUGAAGUGAAAUCGAAGCCAAAACUAUCAGAAGAGCUUGCAAAGAGGAUACAAAUGUUCUCACCUGUUGGUGUUGCAUUGGAAGAACAAGCAUUAGAUCCAACAAUCGAAUUCGUUCCUGUUGCAGAAAAAUUGAAACAAUUGAAUACAGACAUGAAGAAUUUAUUGGCAGGAAUACAGUCAUUUAAACAGAACUCUGCAUUCACGAGCCUUGUAGAACAGACACAAUCGAAUUUAGACUAUUCGUUGAUCAAAACACCACCAAACAUUGAUUUGGCAAUCAGAUCAAUUGAUGAAAACAUUGUUCCAAUUCAACAAUUAUCAAAACUACUCAAAGAAAUACAAACAAGAUCUAGUACACAACCAGAUUUAAGUGCAAUGAGGAAGAUAAAGAACUGGAAUAGUUUGUUUGACCAAGCUUUCAUAGAGAUGUCUCAACUCAAACAGAAACAAAAACCAAAUGAACAAGAUUUGAUGAAAGUAAAAGAUGUUUUACUCAAAAUUAAUGCGGAAUGUGCUCAAGUUCCUAUUGAAUUUAAGCCACAUCUACAAAACAAAGACUUUGGAGCAUUUGGUAAAUCAAUUUCUGCUGUUAGAAACCAUUCACAUGUUGCUGUAAAUUGUGUGAGAUUGUUACCAACAUCAAAGAAGUUUGAAUUCGAUUCUUCAACAUUUAAACCUGUUGUGAUGGAAGGAGAAAUCUCAGACGCAAUGACUGAAUUAAUAAAGAACUACACAAACUUCAUGAAUGUUAUACAAAGUGCGCAACAAAGAGAUGACAUCAAAGAAAACAUUGAAGCAAAUUUGUUGUUGGACGAAUUACUCAAAUUAAUGAAAACUCCAAAUAUCCAACAAGUUCAAAAUAUAAGUGAUGAUAGAUUAGCAAUAGAAACAUUAAUUAAAGCAAAAGAAUUAAUGCCACAAUGUUUAGAAAUUGCUUCUAAAGUCACAAGCUAUUUGAAUAACGAAGCAUUCCAACAAGUAAUGAAAUUAAUCUCUGAUAAUGUUUCUAAAUGUCAUAUGAUGUUAACAAGGCCACAUUUGACUAAAUUAACAGCUCCUAAGAUUGUUUCUCAAUUGCAACAAACAAUGGAUAUUGCUUUACCUAAUUUAGCUUCAUUGAUGUCAUUGCAAUCAGUUCUUUCUAAUCCAACAGUUACUAGAUUAUGCCAAACAUAUCAACAACAAGCAAAUGGAUUAGUCAGACAAAUGCCAUCACAAAAUGUCCAGCAGCAACAACAAACUGUUGAUCAAUUAAAUACUUUGACAGCACAGUUGUUGCAAAGCUUGGAUAAUAUUCCAGGAGCAAUAGAAGCAAUUGACAAAUUGGAACCAAUUUAUUCAUUGACGAAUAAAUAUACAACAGCACAAAGAAUUCCAAUCAAAGUUGCUGGCCAUUUGAUACCAAGAAAACCAAAGGAUUUAGAUGAUCAAACUGUUCCUGUUUUCAAUGUCGUUGCAGAACAAAUUAAUUCACCACAAAUUAAUACUCAAACUGCAACACAAAUCAUUGAUUAUCUUACUAAAUUACAAGAUACAAAACAAGGAAUGCCUUUGUCUAUUAUUAAUAAUGCAAGGAAUUUCAUUCCAUGUGUUAAAACUCUUAAACCUGUUUAUGCUUCUGAUGCUGCAAGAACUGUUGCAAUUUCAUCAAAUGAACCAGAAUUAAGACAGAAAAUGUUACAAAUUUUGGCUGUCAAAGAUUGCAUGAAAGCUUCAAAUUAUUUCCCUUAUUUCACGCAAAUGUUGAAUGAUCUUGACAGAGCAAUUAAUUCACAAUUAAGUAAUAUUCCUUCUCCUUUAAUUACUUUGUAUUCACAGUUGAAAUCAGACAUUCAAUCGAUCAAUCCAUCGAAUUUGUCUGCAAUUCCAACAUUUGAUAAUGCAAUCACUCAAUAUGUUGCAUUACAUAAAUUGGAUACAACUCUUAAUAACUUCAUUGCACAAAGUAAUGGAGUUCAAUCUUUGACUCCGCCUCUUCAAUCAUUAAUGAAGAUAGUCAAUGAAUUCUCUCCAUGGCUGAAACAAUCAGACUUAACAAUGGAAAGUUUGGUUUAUACUUGUGCAGAUAACAUUGCAAGGAAUUUGGAAGAUAUAAUGCAGAAAGAUGAAUUAGGAAGAAUACCUGAUACAACACAAAAUGUUUUAGAUCAAUUGAUACCAAUAUUAAAGAACAAACAAAGAGGAAUCGCUUUCAAUCAAGAAAAUUCCGAAAUUUUGUCAAGUAUUUUGACGAAUUUCUCUGAAAAAGAUUUGGCAGCAAUCAAUAAAAAUGCACCUCCUUCUAUAGAGAAAGACCAAGUUAAUGAAUCAUUUAACUAUUUGACGAAGAUGAAACCAGUUAUGAGAAUUUGGUCAGCAACAAAAGAACUGAUUCCAAACGAAGUAAUAAGGAACGAAACAGAAGUUUCUUUAUCAGCUAUAUUAAGAGAUUUAGAAGGAUCUCUUAAGCAAUCAUCAGUACAAGCUGAACAGAUCAUUGCUGUAUCUUCUGCUGAUGCUGCUUUAGCGAAUUUGAUGAAGAAAUUACAAGCAAAUAAUUCGAAUCAAAACAAAGCAGUUAUAGAUACAAUGGCACAGAUAACUAAGAUGCAAACAGAACUAAAGAAACAGAGUAACAACAAACAAGGUGUUUCUAUCUUAGAGUUCAAGAACUUGGCAAAUUCCGCUCUAACGGCAACAAAACAAAUUGCUCAGAUUUCAACACCAAAAAUAACUUUGAACAGAUUACCAAAUCAAAGUGCAAAGUUAAUCAAAUUGGAUACAACAGGAUUGAAGGAACAAUCAACACAACAGACAAUGCAAGCUGUUACACAGUUGUUGUUAUCAUUACAAGCUUCAUCAAACACUGUAAAUCCUGCAGCUGUUUUGACAGAUUUCGGAACUUUACAAAACACAAAAAUUGAACCGAUUGAAAUCAAAACAAUCAAUAAUUCUAUGAAAGAAAAGAUAAUAGAAAUGAAGAGAGAAAAGAUCUUGCAAGAUCCAUCAUCAACAUUAAUAAAGAUUGAUACUAAACUUGAUACGAAAUCUCCAAUGGAAAGAUUACAAAAUGUUGAUCAAAAAUUAGCACAAACACCACAGAUAACAGCAGAAAUCUUCAAGAAUUUGAUGAACCAACACCAGAAAUUCGCUUUGAUACAGAGAAUGAACAACUUACAGAACCAACAAAGAACAAUUUUCACUGAUAUACAAUCAAUUAAUAAUGAAAUUUCUCAUGAUUUCUCCAUCAACGAAAUACAAGACAAUUUGGGAUCAAUACAAUCUCAAUUAGAUCUAUUGACUGAUACAGAAAAACUCUCUGAUAUCCAGAUAGCUCUUAAUCCUAAGCAAGUAUUGAUACAACAGGCCAUUUUGUCUGAUGCAUGUAAUUUAGUUUCUCAGCCUGAAACAAAAAUACCAACAAAUUUGGGAGUCCAAACAAUGGUGAAUAACGAAAUGAAGAUGUUAGAAAACUUCUUAAUUAAACUCGAUCCUGGUUCAACAGCAAGUAACUUCGAAUUAGCUGAUGUAAAGAAAUUUGUUGAAAGAGGUUUAGGUGUGGUUAAUUUAGUCACAAAACUACAAACACUUAAAUCAGAAAUAAUGCGAAUUAAUCCAGAAAUCUUCAGAUAUUCUAAAACAUCGGAAGGAUUCCAAGCAAUGAGCGAACAAAUUCCUUCCCAUGAAAUUAUAGAAGUACAGAAUAUAAUCAAUGAUCAUUUGAACAUGCUAAAUACAUCAGAAACUCUUAAUUUAGCACAAAAAUCAUUGACACCUGAUAAAACAAUCAAAGAAAUCAGAUUAAUUUCUAAUUUACUUGAAAUGAUGUCAGAAAAAUUAGGAGAAAAACUGAUGUCUGAUUCAAAGAUAUUACCAAAUGAAUCAUCAAUAUAUUCACAAGCUAUUUACCACCAGUUUGAACAGAUGAACAGGGAGGCAAUUAAAAUUAACAUCUCUUCUUUAGUUGAUCUUCAAAAGCAUCAAAAAGUUGAGAAUUUCGUGACAAAUUCGCUUUGCAAGCUUGAUUUGGCACAAAAGAUUAUGUCGUUACAACAAACACAGUUAAUGAUGUAUCCACAAACACAAAUCAAACCUUUGCAAGCAACAGAUAACGUCAAACAAGAAAUUCCAAUGAUUGCAAAACAAUUAGAGUUAUUAAAUGAUAACUUCGCAUUGUCACAAACUGUUGCUUGUUUAUCUCCACAAAGUAUCAACAUACAACAAAACUUGUUAUCACAAUUGUUGGUACAAAUAUCAAGCAAAGUCAACAGUUUGGAUGAAAUCAAAGAUAAUCCACAAAGUAAAAUUUCUAAUGCAAAAAUCAUUUCUAGAGUCAUGGAAAAGGAAUUGGAAACAAUAUUUGCUGAACCAGAGAAGAUACAAGAACUUGAGAUCUCUCAAACUUCUUCUUUACCUUCUCUUCAAAAGUUUGAAUUCGUUAAUUCUGCUGCAACAAAAACAGUUAAUUUGAGUUCUUUGAUAUCAACAAUCAGACAAAGUCCGAUGACGAAAACAAAGAACAACCAAAUACUUUCUAUGGAAAUAAGUAAUUGUAAUCAAGACCAAAUUCAAAAUGCCAAUGAUGUCUGCGAACAAUUAACGACAUUGAAUGAAUUACAACCAGAAAAUGUCAAUUCAUUAUUGAUGCAAACAAAUCCAAUUGAUCAAAGUUUAUCUGUUGGAAUAUUAACAGACAAAUUGAAGAGUUUAUUAGAGUUAAGCAACAAAGAAGAUGUUGCUAACGAUAUUGCUAUGGAGAACAGAGUUUUCGAUCAUGCAUCAUUGAUACAAAGAGAUCCGAAACAAUUGAACACAAAAAUCAACAUCGAAAAAACUAAUAUUGAUCAAGUUGAUUCGAUGAAGACUUAUGUUCAAUUGUCAUCUGUUGACAAACUGAUCAACUUGCAGAGAGAAAGAUUAUCUAUCAUGCCAGGCAUUGUUGAAGCAGCAACACCUCAAAUGAUAGAGAAAAUUACAACAGAAGUUACUCCAGAAAAAAUGGAUUUGAUGCUCAAACAACUUUUGGAUCAAUUGACAAAUAUAAACGAAGAAAAAUGUCAAGAAGAAAUAAAGAACAUGACAACAGAAGAUUUAGUAUUGCAACAACUAGUCAUUUCUUCAUCGAUUGAUACUGCAUUGGACGAACAAUCAGUUAAACCAAUCAUAGAAAACAACGUGAAAGAUACAAAAGAUAUCGAAAGCGUAAAAAGUGACGAAGUUGCAAAAGAAAUUUUGACGCAAAAAUUCGAAGGAAUUGUAAAGAUUCCUUCUUCAUUGAAAGACAUCAAUUUGUCAACUAAUUUCGAUUUGGCGAAGAUCAAUGUUGAUGUAACAGAACAAAAAGCAAGAGCCAAAUUAAACUAUCAACUAUUAACAGCAAUUAAAUCCAUUGAAACUAAAUCUCCUGUUAUUAUUGCAAAAGCUACAUCAAAACCAGUCAAUUUUGAGAAGUCAGAGAUAUCAGCAAUACAAGAGAAAGCCAAGGUUUACAUUGACAAUCCAGAGGAAAUACAUAAUAUUGAUGAAAAAGACGAAGAUUUCCUAUCGAAAUUGUUAGUUGUCAUGCAAAGUUUGAGUGAUACAAUUAAACCUGUUUCAAGUGAAGAAAGAAAAAUUGCAAUUGAAGCGAAAGCACUCGGAGUUACAAAGAUUCCAAUAUUUUCUGCAGUUCAGACGCAAGUUAAAUCGCCAGCAACUCCGAAGUCUUCUAAAUCAACACCAAAGAAAGGAAAGAAAUCAUCAGUUGCAAAGAAAUCUUCUGCUGCUACUCCAAUAGUUACAAAAACCAUUCAAAAAGUGACAGAAAAAGAAAUCCGACCAAUUUCUUUAUUUGAUCAACAGAUUAGUUUACCAACAUCAGAUUUAACACAAGCUAAAACAGAAGUCAAAGUUCCAACAAUGGAUGAAAUCAUUAGUUCUUUAGUUGACGUCGCUUCAAACACUGUAGAAAAUGUUUCUUUGAUGUCAACAACACCUUUGCCACAAGCACAAACUAUUCUUAACCAAUCAUGUGAAAGAGCUACACAAAUAUGUUCUAAACUCCUUGAAUCUAAUUCUUUGUCAUACGACCCUGAUGUCAAUGUUUUAGUCCAAGUUUUGCCUGAUUUAGUUGGAUCAAUGACAAGAAUUUUACCAACAUUGCCGAAGAAUGUUAAGCAAUUAUUACCUGAUGAUCCAAGUGUUUGCAUAACACAUGUUUCGAAUAUACAGAAGGCAUCAAUAGAAUUGGAAGACAUGGAGAAAUUGGCUUCAUACAGAAAAUCGUUGUCUGAUUUAUUGACAAUUAUUUCGAAAGUUGAAGCUGCUUUCACUGAUGAGAAAUACAAUCCUGUUGCUAUUGCUUCUAACAUUGUUGCUGCAGUUAAAUCCAAUGAUAUUUCCAAAGCAAACUUAGAAAUCAUCAACUUCCAAGCAGCAAAAGUUCAAACAGCAGCAAAAGGAUUCAAUACUCAACAACAAUUCCAAUCAAUAGAACCAGUCAUCGCAAAGAUUAAUCCAGCAAUUAAUCUGAUACAUUACAAACCAACAGAUCCAAAUGCCCAGAAAUCUGUACAAGUGAUUACUUCAAACAUCCCAACUUUGGUUUCUUUGAUCAAUAAAACAGCGAAAUCUCCUUUCGAACAAAUCGCGAAGAUUUCGACAAUUCCUCAAGUUAUUCCUGCAAUCAAUGAAAGCUUGAGCCAGAUAGAGAGAUCUACUGUUAACUUGUCCAAAGCUAUCUCAGGAACAGAUAAAAGCUCUGUCAAUGACAACAUCAUUGAUUUGGUGAGAAAUACAGCAGAUACACAGAACUUGUUGAUCAAAGGAAUUGAUAUCAAAGCAGCAAGUUUCCCAGCAAUGGUUGAUUUCGUUUCCAACUUGAAUAGUUCUGUUUCUCACUUGAACACAAUUGUUUCUGCAAGUAGUUCGUCAAGCGUAACUCCUUUGGCUCUGAAAAGAGGUCAAAGGAGAUUGGCAAGAGUUAUUACAAAUCUCAAAGAAAAAAUUGAGGAUCCAACAUCAAAACAAGAGAGUAAAUCAAUGCUUGAAAAGAAGAAAGCAUUGUUUGUUAACAAUGCAACAACAGCAAUGCAGCAGAUCUUUGCAACAUUGAGUUUAAAGGCUACAGCAACAGCUGAUGAAAAUUUCAACGCAGUGAUGAAAUUGCAGUUGCCAGAAAUCAACAAGAACAUUAAAAAUAUCAAAGAAACAGCUGUUCAACUUAAGUCAACCAACACAAACUCAAUUGCAAACAAUGAAUUCCAAGCGAAUUUAGAUGAUUUACUUACUAAAUUUGAAUCAUUCGUUGAUGUUGCUUCUAAAACACAAGACAUUGCUGAAUUAACAACGAAAUUAGUUGAUAUUUCCGAGAAUUUAGUGUCAACUGUUGAUUCAGUCAGCCAAAUGUCUGAUGUUAAAGAACAACAGCCAGAUACAGUGUCAAGUGAUAAAAUACCAGUUUGUUUCAUUUUGCCAACUCCUCCUGUUGAACAAGGCGAAUUAACAGCAUCAGAACUCUGCAAAGACAUCAAGAAUUUGUCAAUUAAAUUCAUGAAUGAUUACUAUGAUUUCACGACGAAAUCAUUGUCAGCGAAAACAUCUAACUCUGAUUUAGCUGAUUUGAUAAAUGAACUGAAUAAUCAGCUGAAAUAUAUUUGCACAAAAACACAAAAUCUUGAAAUACAAUCUUCCAAUUUUGAACGAAAAUCUGACAUUGAAAAAUUGUUGUUUGAAAUCGCAAACAAUUUCUCAACAGUAAUAAGAACAGUAAGACUGAAGUUCUUGCUAUCCUGCCCUGAUUUCGAUAACCAAGCCAAAGAAUGCCAGAAGAACCUUGAACAAACAUUUUCUCAGUUUUCAAAAGUUUUAGAAAUAAUAGGAAAAGAAGAAUCAGCUGCUGAAGAACUGAGGAAACAUUUCGGAAUCAAAUUCUCACAGGCAAUCGGUCCAUUAACAGAAGCACUCCAUAAAUUAGAGUCAUCAGCUAAAACAGCUGCAAAAUUACCAAAAGGAAAAGGUAAAGAAAAAUCUCAACAAAUGUUAGAAUUAGCAACUAAAACAGGCGAAUCAGUAAAGAGCGUUAUGAUUUGGAUGAAAGAACAUCCAACAGAAUCAAACGUUAAUAUUGAUGUACUCGCAGAUUUCGUUGGAAAAGUCACUGAAGAAUUAGAAAAUGUUGAUAAUCAUUGUCAUGAUUUAUUCGCAAAGAAAGGAAAAAUUGAUGAACAUGUUUUCGUUCCAAUGAUAUCAUUUUCCAAAUUACUUGAUAUAUUUAAUAACUCCAUUGCUGAUGAUGUAACACCAGCCUUGAAUACAGCUAUAACAUCAUGCUGCAAUGCAGCUACAACUCUUGCUUCAACUGUUGAAGCUCCUCAAGAAAUGAAUAAUGAAGAAGAACAAGAAGAUGGAAAUGUUCAAUUAAGAAUCAAGUCACAUAUUGAAUCAAUAAAAUUAUCUGACGAAGAUCUAAUGAAGAAACUUAUUCUCGAAACAAAUGUUGUCAAAGCAAGAUUGUUACUUAAUAGAUUCGAGAACAAAUUAUCUAAUAUUUGA